AUGAAUAUUGUCGAGUGGGCCUUUGGCAAGCGCAUGACGCCGGCGGAGCGUCUGCGCAAGCAUCAGCGGGCACUCGAUCGAACACAGCGUGAACUAGACCGCGAACGCACCAAAUUGGAAAACCAAGAGAAGAAGCUGGUUCAAGAUAUCAAGAAGAGUGCCAAAAAUGGUCAAAUUGGAGCUUGCAAGAUCCAAGCAAAGGAUUUGGUUCGGACCAGACGCUACAUUCAAAAAUUCUACCAGAUGCGCACUCAAUUACAAGCUAUCUCGUUACGGAUUCAGACCGUUCGCAGCAAUGAGCAAAUGAUGCAGUCGAUGAAGGGUGCCACGAUGCUCUUGGGCAGUAUGAAUCGCCAGAUGAAUCUGCCCGCUCUCCAGCGCAUAACAAUGGAAUUCGAGCGAGAGAAUGAGAUCAUGGAUGAACGACAGGAAAUGAUGGAUGAUGCCAUUGACGAGGCAACAGGAAUGGAAGACGACGAAGCAGAGGGCGAGGACAUUGUCAGGGAAGUUCUCGACGAAAUUGGUGUUGACUUGACGCAGGCGCUGGGCGAGACACCUUCUGGCGAGAUCCAAAAAGAAUCAGCUGGUAAUGUUCGCGUUGCUCAGGCUAUCGGCGGGGGAGGUGGUGGCGGUGCACCGGACGCUGGUGACGAUGAUCUCCAGGCGCGUCUGGACAGCCUCAGACGCUGA